AUGAGCACAACCAAUCCUUGCGCGGGGAAAUAUCAAUUAUCAUCUCUCUCCAAUUUCUCCAGAACUAUAAAAAUACAGUCCGACAUUACUGUACCAUUCAAUGUUUCUCGCAGAAGAAGAGCGCUUUCCUUGAGAGCCUGUGGAGAGAAGAAGAGCGGACCGCNAAUUUUUUUGAGUCUAGAAGAGGCUGGUUUGGUUGAAAUUUCCGGCCUCAGCAGCCAUGAGCGGUUUUUAUGUCGAUUAACGAUAUCGUCGCUGAAUCUAUUGAGAGUGAUUUCGGAGCAGGAAGGAUGUUCAAUUGAGGAGCUGAAUGCGGGGAAGAUUUGUGAUUGGUUUGUCAAGGAUAAGCUGAAGAGAGAACAGAAUUUGGACUCUGCCGUUCUCCAAUGGGAUGAUUCCGAAUUCCUAAUGUAA